ACUAUCAGUUCUCAGAAAUGAGCACGGCUUUCCUCUUUUCUGGAAUCCACAAGAUACAUGACAAGAACCCCUUACCCUUCGCAUUCUAGUGGAAGGGGAGACAGUAGUAACACAUUGACGAUGAUUCUUCCUUUGGUCCUGGGUUUUUUUUCGGUUCUGCAAGGCGUUGUUUCACUAGUGGAUUCCAGUACAUUUUUAAUAUUUAAUGAAGACCACAAAGUUUGUGUAAAUGCGCGCUCUUCAAACUUCGUCACGACCAGCUCGUGUGACCAUACAAAUGAGGCACAAAAAUUCAGAUGGAUUUCCAGUAAUCAGCUAAUGAGUGUCUCUCUGAAGUUAUGUUUUGGAGUGGCUUCAAAGGUGGACUGGACACCAAUUACCCUGUAUCCAUGUGAGUCAAGAAGUGAAUUCCAGAAAUGGGAAUGCAGAAAUGACACACUUUUUGCCAUCCAAGGAGCAGACCUGUAUUUCAACUAUGGAAACAGAAAUGAAAAAAAUAUUAUGCUGUACAAGGGAUCAGGCCACUGGAGUCGGUGGAAGGUCUAUGGAACUACUGAUGAUUUGUGCUCACGAGGUUAUGAAGAUAUGUUUACCUUGAAAGGCAACAGCAAAGGGGCGCCAUGUGUAUUCCCUUUCCAGUUUCUUGGCAAACGGUAUGCUGAGUGUACAAAUGAGGGGAGGUCAGAUGGCUGGCUCUGGUGUUCCACCACAAGAAACUUUGAUAUAGAAAACCGUUAUGGAUUUUGUCCACUAAACUUUAAUGGCGUUGACCGCCUAUGGAAUACAGACCCUUUGACAGGGGCACAGUACCAGAUAAAUUCAGAAUCUGCUCUAACAUGGUACCAAGCGAGUAAAAGUUGUCAGCAGCAAAAUGCAGACUUGCUGUGCAUUACUGAGUUACAUGAGCAAAUGUAUCUUGCAGGGUUAACAUCAAAAUUGACUUCUGAACUCUGGUUUGGACUUAACAGUUUGGACUUCAAUAGUGGGUGGCAAUGGAGUGGUGGCCAUGCUUUCAGAUACUUAAAUUGGGCCCCAGGUAGCCCUUCCCCAGAGCCUGGGAAAACCUGUGGAACAUUUAAUCCUUCUAAAGGGGCCAAAUGGGAGAACCUAGAAUGCAAUAAGAAACUUGGUUAUAUUUGUAAAAAAGGAAAUGCCACUCUGAAUCCAUUCAUUAUUCCUUCAGAAUCAAAUGUGCCCAUUAAGUGUCCAGAUGGAUGGACAUCAUAUGCAGGCUUCUGUUAUAAGAUUCACAGAGAAAUCAACUUUUGGAAUGAUGCCGUAGCACUCUGUAGAAAGGAAGGUGGAGAUCUGGCAAGUGUCCACAAUGUAGAAGAGUACAGUUUUAUCAUUUCUCAGCUUGGAUACCAACCAACUGAUGAGUUGUGGAUUGGACUGAAUGACCUCAAGAUUCAGAUGUAUUUUGAAUGGAGCGAUGGGACCCCUGUGGUGUACACCAAAUGGUUGCCUGGGGAGCCAACGCAUGACAGCAACAGGCAAGAAGACUGUGUAGUUAUGAAAGGAACGAGUGGGUACUGGGCAGACCAACCUUGUGAUGUGAAACUUGGAUCUAUUUGCAAAAGGAAGCCAUUGAAAGAAUCUCCAGGGGAAAAAGAGAUAGUUGAAGAAGGCUGCCAGAGAGCCUGGAAAAGACAUGGUUUUUACUGUUACAUGCUUGGAAAUGUAUUUGCAGCAUUUGCUGAAGCAAAUCAAACAUGCCAAAACGAAGGAGCUCAACUAGCUGCUGUUGAAGAUAGAUAUGAACAAGCCUAUCUGACCAGUUUGGUUGGGCUUAGGCCUGAAACCCAUUUUUGGAUCGGUCUUUCAGACACAGAAGAAAAAGGAACAUUCAAGUGGACUAGUGGCAAACCUGUGAAAUUCACUCACUGGAAUUCUGAAAUGCCUGGAAGGAAGCCAGGCUGUGUGGCCAUGAAAACUGGAGUUGCAGGUGGGUUAUGGGACCUUUUGAAAUGUGAGACCAAGGCAAAGUUCCUGUGCAAAAAGUGGGCUGAAGGAGUGACCCCUCCACCUCCUCCAACAACAACUCCAGCCCCCACAUGCCCUGACGACUGGCACUCAAGUGAUCAGAGUAACACCUGCUACAAAGCUUAUGCAAGACGAGACAAGAAAUCAUGGCCUGAUGCUCAGAGUUUUUGCAGAGUUGUUGGGGGUGAUUUGGCCACCAUUAGUAGCUCAAAAGAACAAGUUGCACUGCGGACCUACUUGUCGAGCAGCGGAUAUAGCAGCACACAUUUCUGGAUAGGCUUAAAUUAUCUAAACCCAGAUGAUGGAUUUCAAUGGAGUGAUGGAUCUCCACUCGGGUAUGUAAACUGGGCAUAUGGAGAGCCGAAUAAUUAUAAUGGAGUAGAACACUGUGGAGAGUUAAAUGCCGGUUAUCGAAUGGAAUGGAAUGAUAUGCAUUGUGAAGACCUAUUCUACUGGAUUUGCCAGGUUAAGAAAGGAGUACAAAUAAAACCUGAACCAACAGAUCCACCUCCUCCAAAGUUUGACAUGACCAGUGAUGGGUGGAUCAUCUUUAAAGACAAACAGUAUUAUGUCAGCACUGAUAAAGCUCCUAUGGAAAAUGCACGCGAGUUCUGCAAGAAGAACUUCGGAGAUCUGGCUGUCAUUAACGGCAACACUGAAAGAAAGUUCCUAUUAAAAUAUAUCAAUCAAGAUGAAAAGGAAAAUUCUUACUUCAUUGGUUUACUACUGAGUCUUGAUAAGCAGGUUAGCUGGAUGGAUGGAAGCCCUGUGGACUAUUUAGCUUGGGCACCCCAUGAACCCAACUUUGCAAACAAUGAUGAAAACUGUGUAGUCAUGUACAAAACAACAGGACUUUGGAAUGAUAUAAACUGUGGUUACCCGAAGCAUUACAUAUGUGAGAGACACAACAGUUCGGUCAAUGCAACAGCAUUUCCUACGACACCUUCCGUUCCAGGAGGAUGUCCAGAAUCCUGGCUUUUGUUUGAAAAUGAGUGCUACAAAUUAUUUGGAUCUGUGGAGAAAGAGCAAACGGAUUGGUAUAGUGCGCGAAAAGUUUGUAUCAACUUUGGAGGAAACUUGGUUACCAUCCUUAAUGAACGUGUACAAGCCUUCCUCACUUUCCAUUUAAAUAAUUUCCCAAAUGAUGCUUGGAUUGGAUUAAAUGAUGUCAAUGAAGAGAAAAUGUACCUCUGGACCACUGGAAGAGCAGUCCAGUACACCAACUGGGGCACAGACAUGACGUCAUCUCUGUAUGAAUCAACGUCGGGAGAUUGUAUGGCGAUAAAAACCAGACCUCUUAGAGAAGGAGGGAUGUGGAAAGAUUUUUAUUGUUCAUCUAAGAAAGGCUACAUAUGUCAGACAAGCACAGACCCCAAAUCCUCUGUUGUUCCAUCAGCCACACCAGAACGUUUAAUCCAUUUUAGUAAUAGUAGCUACUUCUUCAGUGAAACCAAAAUGACAUGGAAUGAUGCCCAGAAAAACUGUGGAAAACAAGACUAUGAUCUUGCCAGUAUUUUAGAUCCUUUUAUCAGCUCAGCUCUUUGGCUACGGAUGUUAAAGUAUGGUGGGCCUGUUUGGAUUGGUCUCAACAGCAAUGUGACUAAUGGAGAAUAUACUUGGAUUGAUAAGUUCAAAAUGAAGUACGCUAAAUGGGCCCCAGGAGAGCCAAAACAGAAAUUUGGAUGUGUGUAUUUGGCUCCUGAUGGAAUGUGGAAGACAGCAUCAUGUAAUGAAAAUUAUUUCUCACUGUGUAAACGGUCUGAUGUGAAGGCACCAACAGAACCUCCUCAGCUUCCAGGAAAGUGUCCAGAAUCACUGGAGAAAUCUUGGAUUCCUUUCCGUGGCCACUGUUACCUCUUUGAAUCCUCCUCUAGACAGAUUUGGGCCAGAGCAUCAUUUGAAUGUUUAAAAUUAGAUUCGUCUCUAGUUUCAAUACUUGAUGCAGCUGAAGCGUAUUUUAUAUCAGACUAUAUAGAACAACUUGAAAGUAAAACAGGAACAUUUUGGACAGGAAUGUUCAGGAAUGUGCAUGGCAAUUGGUUGUGGCUGGACAACAGUGUGGUGGAUUUUGUCAACUGGAACAUAGGAGAGCCUUCCAGUCAGGCACAGGAGAACUGUGUGGAAAUGUAUUCCUCAUCAGGGACCUGGAAUAAUGCUUAUUGUACAUCUUACGCAGGAUAUAUUUGUAAAAAACCAAAAGUUAUAGAAAUUGUGCCUACUACUGUGAAGCUACCAGUAAAUAAAGAACCAAGAAAGACGGAAGAGAUUCCUAAACCAUCUAACAGCAAAGCCACUGUGGUGGUUAUAGUGGUGAUCCUCAUCCUAUCAGGAGCUGCUCUUGCAGUUUACUACUUCUAUAAGAAGAGAAGCCACAGAGUGCCACCAGAUGACAACUUUGAGAACUCUCUCUAUUUCAAUAGUGAUGCAGCUCCUGGAACCAGUGAUACCAAAGACCUUGUGUUGAACAUGGAGGACAAUGAACAUGCUGCCAUUUAGUUAGAUGAAAUAUAAACUGUGCCCCGUUUUAAUAAACAGAUUGAAUUCUGGAUGUGCUGUGCCAAAAAUUAGUUUUUCUGAUACAAAAUAGUUAUAUCGACCCCUUUUCUUUCAAUGUCUCCUGGUACACUAACAGCAGUAACCGCAUUUGAAUUGGGGCUUAAAGAGGUUGGUGUAAGAAGCAGGGCUUGAGAAGGGAGGCUUAGAGGAAAAGGUGGAACAGAUUAAUGGAGUAGAGCAGAAAUGCUAUACAUUGCCUGAUUUUGCAGAGCAAACAUUCAAAACAACAAGGGAAAUUUCUGGGAGGGAGAUGUUUCUGUCCUUGGAGUAUCAACACUGGAAGAGUAAUCUUGGGAAUAGGACUGAACCAACUUUGCCCAUUUUGGAGAACCAGUCUCAUAGCUUUUUACCUGUGCAUUUACUAUUGAAGCCAAAUGUUAUUACUAGUCACAAGAAGUUUGGAUCAGCUCUGCUAUUGGGCCAGCUUCUAGGAUACAGUCUCUCAUCGAGGAAUUUGAAGUUGCUUUGCCAUUGGAGAACUAUUAGGAUCUGUGCUCUCAUUGGGAAAAAUACAUGGCUCCCGGGUGUUAUUGAAAGAUAUUCAAUUUUCUUUGUGGGAGAGGUAUCUAGGGAUGUGUCUAGAUGAUGUAAUGGGAGAGGGUCAUAGGUCUGACAGAGAUGAUUGAAUUAUUUAUGGGGCAUAUAUGACCAAUACCUAGCAACUCUUGGUCAGGAGACAGGUUGAUGUUCCUGACCAUGCAUUUGAUCAGGCAUUGUAAGGGAGAUUCUUAAGACAUCUGAGAUGGCAGGUUAUUGUCCUGUAAACUGUAGUCAUUAAUCACAGCCAUAAAGCUGACGAGUCUCAGUGGCACAGAGUAGAUUAGGGUAAGUCAGAGGUUCCAUGGAACUAGACAGUCUUUUCUUGCCACAACCUUAAUCAUGCAUGACUUGAUCUUAAUUCCUUGGCCUUAAUAUCAAAAUAUGAUCCUUUCCUGCAGCACAGACGUGGAGUCUGAGUCAAGGGGUCUGAAAAACAGGUCUUGAUUGUAGGGUGAUGUGGAGUGACACGGUAAGAGUGCCAUAAGAGUGCAAGAGUGCAGGCUUCAAAUAUUGGUAAUGUAUUUGCAAUGACAAACACUGGGGUCCAGUGUAAUUUGUAGCUCAAAUAAAUAUCUUUACAUUG